AUGGCCGAGAUCUGGAGAUAUGCUAAUAUCGAUUACAGCACCUUAAAGCCUCACACCCGAUUUGCAAAAAGCCUCACACCAAAUUUGCCGAACCGCCGAGAUCGAAAAGGGUUUAAGAUGGUCGGAGCUCAAUGGACAAACAGAGAACAAAAGGCCUACUUGGAGUUGCAAUUCAGCGAGUUCUUGAAGCAACAGCUUCAAGGAACUUUGACAUCCUUUUGGGAUACUGUUAGCCUUGAGUUCUUGAAACAAUGGCCUGAAAUCGACGUGCAAUACCCAGACAAGUCUAAACAUCCACACCUGACUGAGGUAGAGAAAGAGUUGCUGGGAGAGGCAGUGGCUAGGCGCCAACAGCAAAUUAAAAACUGGUUCAAUUAUAGAUCCCAUAAAAGCGGUCGAUCGACCCUCAACUUGAUGACAAAAUCAAUCAACAAGAUGCUUGGCAAUAAAGCGAAAGGAACGCGAGUUCAUACGGAAGUCGAAAUAUUCUCCAAAAUGAACUAUGACACCGAUGUGUGGGCAAAGAUCCAGGAGAAAAUUGAGUCUGGGCAGCUGGUAAGGAAAAACAAGAAACUACUGGCAGUGCGGGAGACGACCAAGGCUGCAUAUGAGGCUGCUUCAUCUGAAAUCAAGUCCUUAUGUAAGACGAAGGCUGCCAAGGAGUGGAAUGCCAAGAUCUCGGCGAUGUUGCCAGGGGCACAAGCAACUGAACAACCUACCAAUGCACAGUACGCGAAGGCGUUAGAAGAGUGUAUUGGUCCAAUCUCUCAAUUUUUGGAUGCAGUGAGGCAACUUACUGGCUGGGAGUGGACAGUCAUUGGCGGAGGCCCAGACCCUCACCUUGGUGGUAUGCUCAAUGUAUCGAGCUAUCAUACAGGCAUCAACAAAUCCGGUCUUACAUGGAAGCAGGCAACACUGAAUCAUCUGAACCCUUAUCUGGGUUAUCUUGCGACAGUAUUCAGCGAGGAUGACAGGAAAAAGUGUGCUCUAGACUACGUCCCUCCAGUGGUGCAAGAUGAGAACACCUCAUUGGAAGAUGCAGCGCCAACAACGUCAGAGAGCGCACAAUCGCACGUGCCGUUCACAUUGGAUUCGGCACAAUCAUUCGCAUCGCACGCUUUCACAGGUCCAGGAUCCGCUGGUGGAUCCAAUGGAGUGGCAGUCACAGGUCCUCCUAUCAUCCCUCAACCUCAACUCAACUCACAAGGACCCGAGUUUCCAUCAUUCAACAAUGGCAUGUAUUCUUUCUCUGGUGAGAAUUCUGGGACUCUCCCCCAGUCGAUGCUAUCGCCUGUCCUUCAAACGCUGACACUGCCAGGGGGAUCAUUCCCAUCCAAUUCAACAUUAGCGCUUCCUUCGCCAUCUCUCUCACCUAUCACAUCAUGGAACGAGGGGUACUGGAACUCGAUGCCACCGCUUCAUAUGGCCCCCUUGAAUCAAUCCGACGUACUUCCCUAUAACUUCAACUUCUAUUCUCCCCCUUCCUUGGACGGUGCACAUGGAAGCCAACCUCAUGUUGUUUCGAACCAACCUCAUGUCGUCCAACCUCACAUUGUUUUGAACCCCAUCAACUUCCCUAGUAACACAGCGCUAAAUCCUUCUUACACGGAUACUUCUCUGCAACAACCAGCCCUUCACCAUGUGACUGCUCACGCUCCUCAGGCCGACAAUUCUGCCUUGAAUCCUACGGCAGUAACGGACGCUCAUCAAAAAUACACCCUCGACCCUGUUGUCACUCGUCCUCUUAGUAUUGACCAACCAGUCCUUCAUACAACAUCCGCUGCCCUGGAACAACCCGGGCAAGUACAAGCUGGAGUGGACAAGCGCGUGUGUGCUACUUCGGCAUCUGCUGCCCUGGAACAAGUACAAGCUGGAGUGGACGAGGUAGAUGAGCGUGUGUGCGCUACUCCAGCUGGUGAGAAUCAUUCUAAGAAUAGUAGAGUGAGUAAAGAGAAGCAUCCGCAUCGAGUGGCAGUUCAGCCUUCUACUGAGCUUUCUACCUUGGAUGAUACCAUAACGGCACCUCUACGCAAGACGACGUGGGUUCGUCAAGAGUCAACUCGUAUGGCCCAGGCAAAUAUGAUAGGUGCAACCAUGAAGAGACCUCACACAGGCGAAAACAAGAGUGCCCCUCAAAAGAAGUAG